AUGGACGGCCUCAAGGACAAGUUGGAAAACACGAAGCUCGAAGAUGCCAAGGUCCAUUUGAUCCACCAAAAGCACAAGCUGGGGAAACUAGCCAACAUCGUAAACCCCAAUCAUCGGCACGACGAGGAACACGAGCAGGCUUGCGACGCCAAGCGCACCAAGAUCACCGAGGCGAACCGAUACAACUCCUACUUCCCCGAGCGUGAGGGCAACAUUGUGAAGUGGUAUGUGGAUGGCCGCGACUACUUUUGGGCCGUUUCCGUCGCCCUCGAGCAGGCGAAGGAGUCCAUCUACAUCACCGAUUGGUGGCUGUCCCCUGAGCUGUUCCUACGCCGUCCACCUUACUACGAGCAACAGUACCGCUUGGACAAGCUCCUGAGGAAAAAGGCCGAGGAAGGAGUCAAAAUCUACGUCAGCGUAUACAAGGAGGUCGAACAGGCCUUGACCUGCAACUCCGCACACACCAAGCAUGCGCUCAACGGGCUGUGUCCCAAGGGAAGCCCUGGCUAUGGGAACAUCCGGGUGAUCCGACACCCGGAUCACAAUCCCUUUGAGAACCUUGCAGAUGUCACUGUGUACUGGGCGCACCACGAAAAGUUCAUCGUGGUCGAUUAUGCCAUGGCCUUUAUCGGCGGUCUUGACCUCUGUUUUGGACGAUGGGAUGCCCACCAACACCCGCUUUCAGACGUCCACCCCGAAGGUGUCAGAGAGGAGAUUUUCCCAGGCCAGGAUUUCAACAACAACAGAAUCAUGGACUUCCAACAAGUUCAAGAAUGGGACCAAAAUGAGUUGAACAAGGCAGACUCCGGACGAAUGCCGUGGCACGACGUAGCAAUGGCAGUGAUCGGCCCCACGGUCUACGACAUUGCGGAGCACUUUGUACUACGUUGGAACUUCAUCAAGCGCGACAAGUACAAGCGUGACGAACGGUUCGACUGGAUCAUACUGGAGGGCCGAGAAGGCGCGGACGAGGAUCUUGUCGGUGUCCAGCGUCCCAAGCACCCAGUUGGAGACUAUAUCCAACACCCCUUUACGCCACUGGCGACGAAGAACCUCAAUAAUCGUGGCACGGUAAAGGCACAGAUUGUGCGAUCGAGUGCAGACUGGUCUAGCGGUAUCCUUAAGGAGCAUUCCAUCCAGAACGCCUAUAUCGACAUCAUCCGAAAAGCUCAGCACUACGUCUAUAUCGAGAACCAAUUCUUCAUCACCGCCACCGGAGAUCAGCAGGGCCCAAUCCGCAACACCAUCGGCAGCGCCAUCGUCGAGGCUGUGGUUCGCGCCGGCAAGGAGAACAGAAAGUUCAGGGUGAUUGUCCUCAUUCCUGCGAUUCCAGGAUUCGCCGGAGACUUGAGAGACGACGCGGCAGCUGGAACCAGGGCGAUCAUGGACUACCAGUACAAGUCCAUCUGCAGGGGCGAGCACUCCAUCUUCGAGCAGUGCCGGGCCCAGGGUGUGGAUCCCAACAACCACAUCUUUUUCUUCAACCUGCGGUCGUAUGACCGUCUGAACAAGACUCCCGGAAUCACAGAGACGGAGAAGAAGACGGGAAUCAGCUACCGGCAGGUCCAACGCGCCGAGGCGGAAGAGAUUAUGAGCGAGGGAAUUCACGGAACAUAUGAUCCGGCCGACGAUGAAGCGGAUGAGCAUAUGCGUGGCAAGAUGGAUAAGAAGGCGCUGGAUGAGUCUAUCAAGAACGUCAUGGAGGCGCGAAGGAUAUUCGAAGAGGCCAUGCCCAAGGAGGAACUCAAGACGUCCGCGUCCGUUGCUCACCACGCAAUGGCUGGAUCAGGCCCAGUGUCCGAUGAGGUCUGGUUUGAAGAGGACCCCCAGUCUGAGUUGAAGAACUGGAUUCAGGAGGAGCUCUACAUCCACGCUAAGCUGCUCAUCGUAGACGACCGAUACGUUGUGUGCGGAUCGAGCAACCUGAACGACCGCAGCCAAGAGGGCGACCAUGACAGUGAGCUGAGCAUCGUCAUGGAGGACACGCGCAAGAUCGCGAUUAUGAUGGACGGCCAGCCGUACGAGGCCGGAUACCACGCGGCUACGCUGCGCCGGUACCUGUGGCGAGAGCACUUGGGACUUCUGGGCCCGCAGCACUUCGACGCCAAGGACGACAUCAACGCCCUGCCGCCGUCUGUGAACCCGAACAACGACAUCCAUGACCAGGACCCGAGCUGGAGUUUUACGGAGGAUCCGCUCUGCGACGAGCUCUGGGCGAAGUGGACGGGGCAGGCAGACAAGAACACCGAGAUCUUCAGGCACUUGUUCCACGCAGAUCCCGACAACCACAUCAAAACAUUUGAGGACUACGACCGGUUCCUCCCCCCUCGGGGCGUCAAGCCGGGGCACAUCUUCGACCAGUUCAUGCCCCCCGAGGACGCGCGCAAGAAGCUCGACCAGAUCAGGGGCCACCUGGUGUGGUUCCCGCUGGAGUUCUUGAAGGACGCUGAGAUGGCCGAACGCGGACUGCAGGUCAACGCGUUUACCGAGAGCGUCUUCACUUGA